AACUCUCCAAACCCGCUCCUCUUACCUGAAAGACUUCAAAGGAGUGUAGCGAAGCUGCACGAGGCACUAGUCAGCGGACUUAGCAGCAUCGUGGACACUUGGUGGACCGAUGAACAGGCUGCGUUUCCCCGAAGGAUGCCACUGGAACCACAUGAAGAAGAUCUUUUACGCUGGUUGCAUGAGCAGUCUGAAGCGAACAAUCUGAGACCUUUCAGAAAUUGUCAGGGACACUGGCGAUCUGAUCUCCUUCUUCCUUCGGAUCACCCAGGUACCGUCAAGAUCUGUGAGAUCAACGCACGAUACUCCAUCAAUGCACAGCUCCUUGCAGCCUAUGGCUAUCAGAUAUACGAGGAGAUGGCGGCUGAAAGAGGCUGUGUCUUUGCAGGUGCAGACGCACGAAAGUUUAUCAAAAGUCAGCUAGAUAUUUUCGAUCCGAAGUACCCAAUACAUAUCGUGCGCGACCAGUAUCGAACGCCCUACAUCGACAUGUUCGUCUCCUUUGCUGAACAAAGUGGAAGAAUUAGUGCGACUAUAAUCAAGUCAGCAGACCUUCGCUUGAUAAAGAGUAACAACUCGCAGACUGGAUAUGACCUUUACUGCCUGUCUGACAAGGACUGUCCUGACAUGGUCAGCACGGACAGUGAGCGUCUGGACCGUGUGUACCAAACCGGGCUUCAUCUAUUCCAGCAUGAACUGCGCUCCAUCCCGACAGACAUCUUGCGACACCUUGCGCUGCACUGUGUCAAUGAUUUGAGAAGCGUCCUUCUCAUUCACGACAAGCGGAUCCUUGGGGUGCUGCUCCAAGAACUUGACAGCCUUGUCAGCAAGCAAGUCCUUACACCAGAGCAAGCAGCGAUCCUUCGGCACGGCGUCGUACCUACCAUAAACCCCGGGUCUCCGGAGCUGAGCAAUUUGAUCGACCAGCAGAGCCGAUCCCUAAUUCAUAAAGAUAAUUUCAUCAUCAAGCCGGUUCGGAGUGGUCGAGGGGACGGAAUUCUGCUCGGUAGGGAGCUGUCCGUCUCCCAAUGGGAUAGUCUUUUGCUUGAUCUUCGUGACCCUGGGCUUGAACCAGGUCGCACCAUGUAUAUCAUCCAGCCACUGAUCGAACAGCCAUUGUUCGAGCUACUCGACCAUCGUGGGGAGGUUCAAUCCAGUCCCCUUGUAGGGUCUUGCCACCUGGCCAAUGGCAGCUUCACCGGCCUUGGAUUCUGGAGAGCCGGCGGCACGAAGAUCUGCAAUCUCAACAGUGGAGGGUUUUGGAUGCUGGGAGUGGUC